UAGCACGAAGAAGCAGCAGCAGCAACAGCACACUUCUCUAGAUCUCUCUCUCUCUCUCCUCUGCUGCUGCUAUCAUCACUAUUAUCGUCUCCUUCCUUGAGAGGAGAGAUCAUUCUACAGUUCCAAGAAGAAGAUACCAUUUCCAAGACUUUGUAUUGAGAAGAAGAGAAAUGGGGACUCUGAGUAAAGUGUUAUGUCUUGUGCUGCUGUGUUGUGCCGUGGCUGCUGCUGAGGGUACUUUGAAGUACAAGGACCCAAAGCAGCCUUUGGGUGCAAGAAUCAGGGAUUUGAUGAACCGUAUGACUCUCCAAGAGAAGAUUGGUCAGAUGGUUCAGAUCGAACGCAGCGUUGCAACUCCUGAAGCUAUGCAGAAAUACUUCAUCGGGAGUGUCUUGAGUGGAGGAGGAAGUGUGCCUUCGGAAAAGGCGACUCCUGAAACUUGGGUGAACAUGGUCAAUGGGAUUCAAAAGGCGGCUCUUUCCACCCGCCUUGGUAUCCCCAUGAUCUACGGUAUUGAUGCUGUUCACGGUCACAACAAUGUCUAUGGCGCUACUAUUUUCCCACACAAUGUAGGCCUUGGAGUCACAAGGGAUCCUAGCCUUCUUAAGAGGAUUGGGGAAGCAACCGCGCUUGAAGUUAGAGCGACCGGAAUCCCAUACGCCUUUGCUCCGUGUAUUGCAGUAUGUAGAGAUCCAAGAUGGGGAAGAUGCUAUGAGAGUUACAGCGAGGACUAUAAAAUUGUCCAACAGAUGACUGAGAUUAUACCUGGUUUGCAAGGUGAUCUUCCUACCAAGCGUAGGGGUGUUCCCUUUGUCGGUGGAAAGUCAAAGGUCGCGGCUUGUGCUAAACAUUUUGUUGGAGAUGGAGGUACAGUAAGAGGGAUUGACGAGAACAACACAGUGAUUGACGCGAAGGGGCUGUUCGGAAUUCACAUGCCUGCAUAUUACAACGCUGUGAACAAGGGUGUUGCAACAAUCAUGGUGUCUUACUCUGCCUGGAACGGUUUGAGAAUGCAUGCCAACAAGGAACUUGUCACGGGCUUCCUCAAGAACAAGUUGAAGUUCAGAGGUUUUGUCAUCUCGGAUUGGCAGGGAAUUGAUAGGAUCACGACUCCUCCGCAUCUUAACUAUUCUUACUCUGUUUACGCGGGAAUCAGCGCUGGAAUUGACAUGAUAAUGGUGCCGUACAACUACACCGAGUUCAUAGAUGAAAUCAACAGUCAGAUUCAGAAAAAGCUUAUUCCGAUUAGCAGGAUCGAUGACGCUGUGAAGAGAAUCUUAAGGGUGAAAUUCACAAUGGGACUCUUUGAGGAACCACUGGCUGAUCUCAGCUUUGCCAACCAGCUUGGUAGUAAGGAACACAGAGAACUAGCUCGUGAAGCCGUGAGGAAAUCUCUAGUGCUGCUCAAGAAUGGUAAGAAAGGGGCUAAACCGCUGCUUCCUUUGCCUAAGAAAACAGGGAAGAUUCUUGUCGCCGGAACACAUGCUGAUAACUUGGGUUAUCAAUGUGGUGGCUGGACUAUCACCUGGCAAGGACUUAAAGGCAGCGACCACACUGUUGGUACAACGAUCCUUGCUGCUGUUAAGAGCACAGUGGCUCCAACUACACAAGUCGUCUACAGUGAAAACCCUGAUGCGAACUUCGUCAAGUCCGGUAAAUUUGACUAUGCCAUUGUGGUUGUUGGCGAGCCACCUUAUGCUGAAAUGUUUGGGGACAGCACGAACCUGACCAUAAGUGAUCCUGGUCCAAGCACAAUCGGGAACGUGUGUGGAUCCAUGAAGUGUGUGGUGGUUGUGGUCUCUGGCCGUCCUGUGGUGAUUCAGCCUUAUGUUUCGACCAUAGAUGCCCUUGUGGCGGCUUGGCUUCCGGGAACAGAAGGUCAAGGAGUGGCUGAUGCUCUGUUUGGUGAUUAUGGGUUCACUGGAAAGUUGGCUAGGACGUGGUUUAAGUCAGUGAAGCAGCUACCUAUGAAUGUUGGCGACCUGCAUUACGACCCGUUAUACCCAUUCGGUUUCGGGUUGACCACAAAAGCAUACAAAAUGUAGACUCAUUUGUAGUUAUUCAGCAAGGAAGAGAAAAAAUAUUGAGGGACACGAGAAAAAUAAUUUCGAUGAACAAUUUUGUGGGUUUGUAAAGCUCAUAUUAAAGUUGAAACUUUGAGAUUGUCUGUCUACAAAACUAGUGUGUUAUGAGAAUCGAACAAUCUGGUCCAGCU